CUUCUUUUUUAUGGCUGAGUAAUAUCCCAUCAUCUUGUCCUUGUGUGCAGAGCUGAGCAACCAUGGUGCCCCAAGUGUGGUUGCUGAUGAUGUUUCUCAUCGAGGGCAGUGUGGCUGGGGGCACUGUCUACCUGGUGUAUGACCAGGAGCUGCUGGGGCCUAGCGACAAGAGCCAGACUGUCCCUCAGAAGUCUGAGGAGGUAGUUCCCCCAGCCAGACUAGUUAGCCACUGUGUGUGUGAGCAGACCAGUCUGAAGAUACCCCAAUUCCCAGCACCCCCAAAGUUUAACUUUCACAUCCACAGGUCCUGGAAUUCAGGCAUCAUAAUGGUGAUGUCGGCUCUCUCGGUGGCUCCCUCCAAGGAGAGCUGGGAGUACCUAAGGAGCAAACUAAGUAGCCUGUCAGAGGAGAGCACCUGCCCCAGUCAGGAACAGGGGCAGGGGCACCAGAGACCUGGAGACUCCAGACUGGGACUGGGACCCCACUCCAAGGGCAGCUCCCAGCUCUGCCAGCCCAAUAAAGGACUUUAUGAAAUGUGAAAUGUAUUAACAUUUAUAUAUCUCCAUCAUCUUUUAUCCAUUCAUCUGAGUGUUUCUCAGUAGUUUUAAGUGUAAAGGUCUCCCUGAGACUAAAGAGUUCAAAAAGCCCUGCCUUAAUUUUAUUUCCUCAGAAUGUGGUGUCCAACACCUAGUCAGAAUCGUUCCUAAGAAGAUUAAGGCAUGAUUUCUCAAACUGCUUUUUCUCAAGAACGCUUUAUAGUUUUAAAAUUAUUGUGGGGCAGGAGAUGACUCUUUGUUUCUUGAACUUUGAAAUUUUUGCCUGCUCUGGAAAAAUAUAGCUCCUGAUUUAUCUGUACCUCAUGCCAGCAUAAUGUUAACUUGUCCAGCUCUGAGCACAAAAGCAAAGAAGGGAGCAUUUUCCUCUUGAGCACCCAGAGACAAAGCACAGAUUCCUGUCUCACAUGAAGGGAACUAUACUGCCUCCCAAACAAGGGUCUGUUCCAAACACUUACUCACAUUUCAGUGAGUCAGAAGGAAACAGACAGAUAUUCAUCUCCCUGAAACCUGGCUGACUUCCUGCAAGAAGCCUGUGAGGAGAGUCAAGGUUGGGGGUCAGGGUUAGUGAGCAGCCACCUAAGAGCUCUCAGGUGAUAUCUGGAGUCUUAGUAAGCAGGUGAGGACUAUAGACAGGUCAGGAAAAAAAAAUGCCUUCGAGUGUUUGUCAGGAUUAGUCAGUAGAAUUAGUAAGUGACAGAUAAGAAAACAGGAAACAACCAGGGGCUAUACAUUUUGAAUUCAAAGGUAUUGGGUUUAUAGUCUUGAUGAUAAACAGGAGCAGCUGACGAAUAAUGAUUUACUACUUUAAAAAUUCAAGAUUCCAGCCUCAGCUAUAAAGGGGAGCAUUUGAUUUUUACCAGUUAAGUCCUUCCACCCUGAACCACUUUACUUCU